GUUUGUCUUGUGUAUGAUGUGUGCAUAAUAUGGGUGAUUAAGAAACGCAAAGAACAACACUAAAAAUGAAAAUAUGGUUCUCCAAUUAGUGUUUCCCGGCAACAGUGUUAACAAUAAUAAUAAUUUAGACAGUACUUGUUCUUCAUUAAACGAAAUAUUGGAGUAUAAUCAGCAGAAAGAGAGGCAAAGGCACUUAAGUCUAGUUGAUUCAUACAGUUCUCUGGACGGCCCAGCCAAUGGUUUCGCCCACAUCAAUCAAGGCUUCGUGUCCGAUCACGGCGAAUAUGGGGCCAGCUUCAGCCUGGAAUCGAUCCCGCAAACGCCGGCACCGUCCACCGACACUCUCGCUUCGACACCGCCAGAAGAGAGAAAAAGAGUUUUCUGGCAUAGACUGACAAUAAUUUUAAGUGGAAUGUAUGCUUUAUUUAUAAUAACAUUAGGAUUAGCUGUAUAUGUGACUGACAUAGUUGAUGGUAGUGGACCAAUAGCGGAGACGUACAGCUUAUAUUUGGUGAUAAUUGCUCUUCUUUACAUACUCUUUCUGAUCAUCGAUAUUUCCUACUACAAACGUAAAGUUAAACAAUAUCAGGACGAGAUGGAAACUAACCAAAAUAGUUACCAAGUGACACCAACUGAAAAUGGACAGUUCGAAAUCAGUAUACCAGUUCCUUCAUUUUCGGCAGCUAGAAAAACAUUGCAGCAUCACUACUGUCUUAGCAAAGACCAACAUGCUGCUAAUUUUUAUCUUAAAAUAGGAGCUGCAGUGUUUUGUUUCGGCCACCUGAUCCAUAGCUUAUUGCUUGUGGGUUACCAAAUUAUGUUUUUACAGUCAGAUCCAGAUAUUUUAGAAGAAUGUGCCACGCUGCAGACCAUGGUGCUAGACAUUGUAUAUCCAAUUUAUUCUUUCGUGUUACUUUAUUUUAUUUUUAAAUAUUCAAACAUCAUAAUAAAUCGACAUGUGGUUUUGGCAAGGUUUGGUAUAAUGCAUUGUAUAUCAUCCAGUAUCUGUUUCUGGGUCUGGACUAUAUUUAGGGAAACAAUCGAAGCACUAUCAAAGUAUACUACGGACGAUGACGAUGAUGAAGAUGAGGAUGAAACAAGAAUAUCUGAAGUCAAUUUUUUGGAAGAUCACCCGGUUGCUUAUGCCCUAACGAACUAUAAUAAACGAGGGGCACAAAUUUUAACCAGUUACAUUAACUCAACAGUUCGAAGAUUUACGCACGUAUGCGAUUUAGACGAAGGGAUGAAAAAAAUCUACAAAAAUUAUUCCCCAUAUUUGUAUCCUUUUAGCGUAGAGUAUAGCAUUCUAGUUGUUGGAGUGCUGUUUAUUAUCUGGCAAAAUGUGAAUAUUUGCAAGGGUAGCGAUGAGGAACCGGAAAAAUAUAAGUGUAAAAUGGACAGUGAAGGGAUUGAAGGCAAUAUUGUAGUACAUGCUGAUUUUCAUUCAGCAAACAAAGGCCUUUUCCUCGGUUUGGUUAUGAUGCUGCUAUCUGUUGUUGGGAUUAUUCUGUUUAUCAUUACUAUGCACUCAGAGAAUUAUCACGACAUGUCUAUUAACGUUCAUUUGUGGAACUCAAUGUUUAUGGUGGUCGCUAUGAUGGUAUCUAGUAUUUUGGCCUAUAGACAAAUUACAAAAUUAGAUAUUAAUGAUCACAUACACAGUCUGUUAGAUGAUUUACUGUUGGUUAUUUGUAUGCCUGCCUUUUUCCUCAAUGGCAUUUUUACUUUGAUUCCAGCUGUUGUUGAAGGAAACGGAAUGUCUAUAUCUUAUACAAUCUUAGAGGUAUGUCAGGUGCUGAUUCAAAGCCCACUUAUAAUGGAUGGACUGAGAAGAACAAGUAACAGUCGACAUCUCAUUAAGAAAAAACCUGGAAGAGAACUGAUUACUUUUCUAAUUGUGUGCAAUGUGGCGUCUUGGGUAUCUCAAACCUUUGAAGUGGAGUCCCAUGGACUUUUGGAUGAUAGAUACGAAUUUUAUGGAAAGGAACUUUGGACUAUAUUAGGGCACAUGUGUUUGCCACUGAUGAUGUUCUAUAGGUUUCAUUCAUCAGUUUGUCUGGUGGACAUUUGGAAGUAUGCUUACGAACAUCCACAUGAAGAAUGACUCUAAAGAAUGCAAAAAUAUGUCAAUCUCAUUAGUAUGUGAUAUUUAAAAUUAUUAUUGUUACUGGUGGUCUUUAUUAACUAUUCCUACUGUUCGUACAAAUAUUAUUGUUGUAUUAUUGUUAUAUUUAUAAUAUCAAAAUAAAGUUUUAUGUAGUA